AUGGCUGACAACAAGAAACGCCGCCGCACAGAACCAACAGAAGAAAUCCUCCCCUUUAAAAACAAACUCAAACCAGAUUCAACCAUCCUCGAAAUUCUAAAAGAGUUGAAAACCUCAUGCGCAUCUUCCUCCGGAACCAAAACCCUAACCCUAGACGAACUCUCACUCCCCUUCCACUGUCGCGAAGUCGCCGACCUUUCCCUAUCCUCCGUCCAAUCCAACAUCGAAUCCCUUGUUCUCAAGAUCGCACACUCAAUCCUUGCUGGUAACGGCUUCGCCUUCGAUGUUCCGUCUCGUUCUUCCGCUAACCAGCUCUAUGUUCCUGAACUCGACCGCAUCGUUCUCAAGGAUAAAUCGUCUCUUCGCCCUUUUGCUAACAUCUCCACCGUCCGCAAAACCACCAUUACUGCGAGGAUUAUUCAGCUUAUCCAUCAGCUUUGCCAAAAAGGUAUCCAUGUCACUAAGCGUGAUCUCUUCUAUACUGAUGUUAAGCUCUUCCAGGAUCAGAUGCAAUCUGACACGGUUCUGGAUGAUGUUUCAUGUAUGUUGGGCUGCACACGUUCAAGUCUCAAUGUUGUUGCGGCGGAGAAAGGGGUGGUUGUGGGAAGGUUGAUUUUCAGUGACAAUGGAGAUAUGAUUGAUUGCACCAAAAUGGGUAUGGGUGGAAAGGCAAUUCCGCCAAAUAUUGAUCGCGUUGGGGAUAUGCAGAGUGAUGCUCUGUUCAUUCUCUUGGUGGAGAAGGAUGCUGCUUAUAUGAGGUUGGCUGAAGAUAGGUUCUACAACCGGUUUCCUUGUAUAAUUGUGACGGCAAAGGGGCAACCUGAUGUUUCCACGAGGCUGUUCUUGAGGAAGAUGAAGACUGAGUUGAAGCUUCCAGUGCUGGCGCUUGUGGACAGUGAUCCUUAUGGAUUGAAAAUUCUGUCAGUUUAUGGGUGUGGGUCAAAGAACAUGUCCUAUGACAGUUCUCACUUGACUACUCCUGAUAUAAAAUGGCUAGGGGUUAGGCCUAGUGAUUUAGACAAGUACAAGAUACCGGAGCAGUGUAGGUUGCCCAUGACCGAGCAGGAUAUUAAAACUGGAAAGGACAUGUUGGAGGAGGAUUUUGUCAAGAAGAAUCCUGGUUGGGUUGAGGAACUGACAUUGAUGGUUAAAACUAAGCAGAAGGCUGAGAUACAAGCUUUGAGCACCUUUGGUUUUCAGUAUCUCUCCGAGGUUUAUUUGCCCUUGAAAUUGCAGCAGCAGGAUUGGCUGUGA